CGAGAGCAACAAAAAAAACACACACAACACAACAACACGUACAAUAACAAUGCGAAAGUGAAACAUCUUUUUCCAGCACGCGAUAGAGAAUCUCAUGCAACCGGGGGCAACAUUUUCCAUCCUUUCCACGGUACAGCCAACGCUUAAUCAUCCGGACGCCAGAAACACAUUAGCGCACGCUCGUCUCACCCCUGGCCUCCCGGUCUGGCGAUUGCACCAUCGAUAGUGUGGUUUUGAUUGAAUUGACAUUCAAGUGACAUUCUCGGACCAGUGCGAACGUCGGCGCCGUACAGAUUCGUCUCGUCCACACACGGAACUCGACGGGUACGGGUGAAAAUUUCACUCGCUCGCUCGGGUUCAGCUAGCAGUAAUUAGCCAGUUGCUUCGCGUGGAACUUUUUCGGCACCGGAGAGCGGUACGGCACGGCGGCCCCACGUCAAGCUCGCCAAUCAACCAGCACCAACUCAAUUGCACUACACCACACAAUCAACAGUCGUGUUCGGUACCUAGGAGGAGAGUGGGUGACGUCGACGACCGACUUCGGAGUGUCGGACAGAUCGGACCGAGCUUUUCCAAGUGUUACGGAACAAGGAUUCCGUGCGAAAAUCCAAUCCGAGUAACCGAGCUUGUGACAGCGAUAGUGCAUAGGUGCUUAGUGGCAAGAUGCGUAGCCGUAGCAAUUCGGGGGUUCGCCUCGACUACUACCAGCGGAUCGUGCAUCGGCUCAUCAUGCGCCACCAGCAACCAGUGACCGGACUGUUUCCGGCCAGCCCCCAAACCCAGCAUGCGUGGAUACGCGACAACGUGUACUGCAUACUGGCCGUGUGGGGACUGUCGAUGGCGUACAAGAAGAUAGCGGACCAGGACGAGGAUCGCGCGAAAGCGUACGAGCUCGAGCAGUGCUGUGUGAAGCUGAUGCGCGGCCUGCUGAUGGCCAUGAUGAACCAGAAGGAUAAGGUGGAACGGUUCAAAACGUCCCAGAAUCCGCUCGAUUCGCUGCACGCAAAGUACUCGAGCCGGAACGGACAGAUCGUGGUCGGUGAUAGCGAGUGGGGCCAUCUGCAGAUCGAUGCCAUCUCGCUGUAUCUGCUCAUCCUGGCGCAGAUGACCGCGUCCGGGUUGCAGAUAGUGUUUUCCCUCGACGAGGUCGCGUUCAUCCAGAAUCUGGUGUUUUACAUCGAAUCGGCGUACUGCAUCCCGGACUACGGUAUAUGGGAGCGCGGUGACAAAUCGAACCACGGCCAGCCGGAGCUGAAUGCGAGCUCGAUCGGCAUGGCGAAGGCGGCGCUGGAAGCGAUGAACGAGCUCGAUCUGUUCGGGGCGCGCGGUGGUUCCGGUUCCGUCAUACACGUGCUGGCGGACGAAGCGCACAAGUGUCAGGCGGUGCUGCAGUCGAUGCUGCCCCGCGAAUCGAACAGCAAGGAGCUGGAUGCGGGCCUGCUGUCCGUCGUCGGGUUUCCGGCGUUCGCGUGCGACGAUCCGCAGCUCAUCGAAACGACGCAGGAAGCGAUCAUUACGCGGCUGCAGGGCCGGUACGGCUGCAAGCGGUUUCUGCGCGACGGCUACAAAACGCCCAAGGAGGACAACACGCGCCUGUACUACGAGCGGUGGGAGUUGCGGAUGUUCGAGAAGAUUGAGUGCGAGUGGCCCCUGUUCUUCUGCUACCUGAUACUGAACAAAGCGUUCCAGAACGAUAAGCAGGCGGUCGCGGAGUACUCGCAGAAGCUGGAGGAGAUUCUCGUCAAGACGGAGGAAGGCAUGAAGCUGAUACCGGAGCUGUACGCGGUACCGGAGGAGGCGGUCGCCGCGGAAUAUCAAAUCCCGGGCAGCCAGCAGCGUGUCGUCGUUGGACGGUGCCCCUUCCUGUGGGGUCAAUCGCUGUACAUACUGGGCAAGCUACUGCAGGAGGGGUUUCUUGCCGUUGGUGAGCUGGAUCCGUUGAAUCGGCGGCUCGGUGCACAGAAGAAACCGGACGUGGUGGUGCAGGUCGUUAUACUGGCCGAGGAUAACGAUAUACGGGACAAGCUGGCCGAGCACGGCAUACAGGUGCAGACGAUCGCGGAUGUCGCCCCGAUCGAGGUGCAGCCGGCCCGUGUACUUAGCCACCUGUACACGUACCUGGGGCGCAACAAAAAGCUCGGCCUGUCCGGUCGUAAGUCGCGUGACGUCGGCAUACUCAGCACCAGCAAGCUGUACUCGCUGAAGGAUCGCAUCUUUGCGUUUACGCCACAGUUCUCCGACGUGAACCGAUUCUAUAUCGCUUCCGACAACGAGCUCAUGAUCGAUCUGCUAAAGGGUGAGAUUAACUUCCUGAAGUCAGCAUGGCAGAAUCUGCUCGGCCGUCCGUUACUUACGCUGGUGCUGAAAACUGUACAUCUAGACAACAACAAAGUCCCGCUGGCCAUGAUCCAGACGAUGAAGAAGCUAAAGUCGGGCUACAUCAGUGGUACCCGGGUAAUACUCGGCAAUUUGGGCGACUUCAUCAACACGUCUGCCAUUACGGACCUUAGCUUUCUCGGCAGCCAGGAGGAUGGUUAUCCUGACAAGCUAAAUCCUGCCGUGCAGGCAUACCUCGAUGAGCAUCUGCUGCGUUCGUUCAGCCACCGGGCCUCAACUACCUCGAUCCGUUCGUCCGGACUGCGGCCGAAGAAUUUGCGUCGCCGCAUGUCCGUGAAGGGUGCAAUCAAGAAGACGCGUUCGAUCAACGUAGACUCUGAAACGCUCGGCAUGGAAGGUAAUGUGACGGAGCGUCGCCUGUCGCACGUAACGCCGCAAUGGUUGGAACCGAACCAAACGACCGUCGGUGCGGCGGCCACCACUGGCGCCAGCGGUACCGCUGCCCCGUCCGGUGGUUCCCCAACGUCGCGCGAUCCAUCGCCCAACACCCAGGCGCAGCCACGCUACGGUGAGCGCGUAUCGCUCGACGACGACAACAAGAAGCUGCACAUACAAACGUCAGCAACGGCGGCCAUGCCAAAGAUACACAUUCAGCCGCUACCGCGACAUCGCCCGACUACGGAGACGAACUUUGAGAAUACCGAGGUGGAGGAGCUGAUCGCAAUGCUCCGGGAGACGGAGAAUCUCGAGGAGCAGGGUGACAUACUGCAGCAUCUGGUCGACACGCAGGGACUCGAUUUUAACACCGAGUUAACUGCUGGCGUUAAUGAAGAUUCACCUUCCCAAGGCAUGCUGGAGGAGGGCAGGGUGGUGACGGUGCGCGGUCUGCUGAAGGGUCUGUACGAGAAAGCCUGCCAGCAGAAGAUGUGGGGCCUGGUCCGUCACACGGCCGGCAUGCUCGGCAAACGGGUCGAGGAUCUGGCGAAGGCCGUCACCGAUCUGCUCGUGCGCCAGAAACAGGUUACGGUCGGUAUGCCACCGAACAGUGAGCACACGAUAACGGCCCCCCUGCCCGAGAUGGAGCUACGGUCGGUGAUACACGAAGCGUACGGCGAUGACGAAAGUACCGCCAUGCUGUCCCAGGAGCUGCUCGUCUAUCUCGCAAUGUUUAUCCGUACCGAGCCGCAGCUGUUCCACGAAAUGUUGCGGCUGCGCGUCGGCCUCAUCAUCCAGGUGAUGGCGAAGGAGCUGUCCCGCACGCUGAACUGCGACGGUGAGCAAGCGUCCGAGCAUCUGCUCAAUCUGUCACCGUUCGAGAUGAAGAACUUGCUGCACCACAUCCUGAGCGGCAAGGAGUUUGCGAUCAACAGUGUCGCGCGCGGUAACAUCUCGAUCGUGAGCUGCAAAUCGAGCCGGGUCAGUAAGAAGAGUCAGAUCGGUAUCGGUGAGCCGGAAAAUGCGGAAGGUUCGCUGAUCGACGAUCGGCAGGGUCAGUGGUUACGGCGCCGCCGGCUCGACGGUGCGCUGAACCGGGUGCCGCGCGAUUUUUAUCCACGCGUCUGGACCGUGCUCGAGCGGUGCAGCGGGCUAGCGAUCGAGGGGCGCGUGCUGCCCCAAAGCCUGACGCAGGAGAUGACACCGAACGAGCUGAAGUUUGCGCUCGAGGUGGAAACGGCACUCAACACGAUCCCGCAGCCCGAGUACCGGCAGCUGGUGGUGGAAGCGCUGAUGGUGCUGACGCUCGUCACCGAGCACAACAUCCUCUCGUCGAUCGGCACGAUCAUCUACGUCGAGCAUCUGGUGCACCGGGCGAACCAGCUGUUUCUCGAGGAUCAGCGCAAAAGCCACGGCGACGCGAUGCUGUGCUGCGCGAAGAACAAGGACAUCCGUGAAACGACCACGGCCGGGUUGCUGCUGUGCGGUGGUGCCGCCUACAUCUGUCAGCAUCUGUACGACAGUGCGCCGAGCGGCAGCUACGGCACGAUGACGUACAUGGCCCGGGCAGUCGCGUCCGUGCUCGAGCUGCCGAAGCACGGCGACAUGGACUGCACCAUCUCCUAAACAAAAAAAGGCUCUCCUGCGCGAGUGCUUACGAUACGAUUUUGUUAGAUGUGCCGGCCCCCAAACACAGGGCCACCAUAUAUUUAGCUCGCGUUAGCCAGUUUGCACGCAACUGUAGCAAUGUUUUACUUAAUCACAUCGAAACAGAGAGAGAGAGAGAGAGAGAGAUGGAGCUGUUGACAGGAUCGUAUCGGAAAUCAUCGGUUAUCAUCGGCGCUGUUGAACACUGCUUCUCCUUCUUACCUUACUCCCCCUCUGUUCUGCUCUCUUUAUCUGUGUGUGCGUUUUCUUUUUCUUUGCUCACUCCUGCAAGAGCUUAGCUGUUGUUGUUUAUGCUAGGGUUAGGAACCUGUUUAUAGCUCAAACGAGCAACAAAGUGGUACUGUUGACAUCCUGCUGUUGGUUAUAUUGCUGCACGAUGUUUUCCGAUGACGACGCUUUAGAUUUAGAAUGUAUGCAAUAAGCAAUAGACGCCUCUUCCUCGCUCUCACGCAUCUCUAUAUCUCGGUUUCUUUCUCUCUUCGGUAUAUCAAGCCAAAAAAGGUGCACUUGGUGAGUAUUCAAAUCCGGAAGAUUUGAUCAACGGUUCCGGGCCGGGGAUCCUCGCGGAUACUAUCCCAACAUGUCCCCAAAACUAUCUCUUCCAUUAAUGGGACAAUGGAGUUGAUGAGAUGUCAGUCACAAGGCAUCACAUCUCAGAGACCCAGAUUCUCUUCUUCUAGAUCUCAGCACUUCCGCGGAUAUUCCGCCAUUUUUGGACUUCCUGGGGUAGUUGCAUGCUAUCUCUCAUCUCAUCUCUUCAACAAAUGGUCGAUCAGGUGUAUGGGGUUAAUGAGAUGCCAGUCACAAGGCAUCACAUCUCAGAGACUCAGAUUUUCUUCUUCUUGACACCUCAGCACUUCCGCGGAUAUUCCGCCAUUUUUGGACUUCCUGGGGUAGUUGCAUGCUAUCUCUCAUCUCAUCUCUUCAACAAAUGGUCGAUCAGGUGUAUGGGGUUAAUGAGAUGCCAGUCACAAGGCAUCACAUCUCAGAGACUCAGAUUUUCUUCUUCUUGACACCUCAGCACUUCCGCGGAUAUUCCGCCAUUUUUGGACUUCCUUGACUUACAUUACUCAUAUCUAGAUAGUCAGUCCAGAGUACCCUAAGAGACGAUCCAGUCGGGAAUUGAUUAUUGUUUCUUCGUGCUAGGGCCUCUGGUGGUUCCCAUUUCCCAUCAUGCACCCUCAACAAAAUUUGUUAUGAAAAGAUUUCUUAAUCUCAUUUUAUUCAACUCACUGUUUUUGGAAGAAUGAUCAGAAAAGUUGACUAUGCGGCAUCAGACGUGUUCAAGAUGGAAAAGAAAGGCACGUGAGCGUACAGAGGUGAAGGUUAGCAAACGCACAGUCACGGGGAAAGUUUUCUUUACCAUACGUUUGCUUGCUAUUCCCUUUACAGUGGGGUGCAUGUGUGACCAUGAAGGUUGUUCACGCCACUACUGCAAGGAACAUUUUUCUUUUGCUGUUCUGCCAGCUAAAGAUCAAAGCGAUAGAGAAGUGAGAGCGAAAGAGUAGGAUAAAUAAAAAAAAACACGAAGCAAACACUCUAGCAACAUCCAAAAAUAAUAAAUGCAAAACCUUCAACGCUUCA